AUGCUUGAGCAAGCUCUCGAUGAUAACAUUUCUGAAAACGAUGAUGAAGAAAGUUUCUUCCAAGACGUUGACAUAUUGCAAAAGCAUGGCAUUAACGUAGCAGACAUAAAAAAACUAAAAGCUGCUGGUAUCUGUACAAUCAAAGGUAUUCAAAUGUCAACAAAAAAAAAAUUAACAAACAUUAAAGGCUUUUCAGAUACCAAAGUAGAAAAAAUCAAAGAAGCGUGUCAAAAAGUUGUAACACUUGGAUUUAUGACUGCUUUAGAAGUUAGUGAUCGGCGCAAACAAGUGUUCAAAAUAAGCACCGGUAGCACGGAACUAGAUAAGCUGCUAGCUGGCGGAAUUGAAUCAAUGGCAAUAACAGAAGUUUUCGGCGAGUUCCGUACAGGAAAAACUCAAUUAUCUCAUACAUUAUGUGUUACGACUCAAAUCCCCAAUUCUAAAGGUUACCAAGGCGGGAAAGUAAUGUUUUUGGACACUGAGCAUACGUUUCGUCCAGACAGGCUAAGGCCCAUCGCGGACAGAUUCAAUUUAGAUCAGAAUGCAGUUUUAGACAAUGUUUUAUACGCAAGAGCCUACACGUCAGAGCAUCAGGCUGAGCUUCUAGACUACGUAGCGGCAAAGUUUCACGAAGAGGCCGGCGUGUUCAAGCUGCUCAUCAUAGACUCCAUCAUGGCACUGUUCAGAGUAGACUUCUCAGGACGAGGCGAACUUGCCGACAGACAGCAAAAACUAGCGCAAGUGCUGUCACGUUUGCAAAAGAUAUCGGAAGAAUAUAAUGUAGCAGUCUUCAUAACAAAUCAAAUGACUGCGGAUCCAGGAGCGACUCUUACUUUUCAAGCUGAUCCAAAGAAACCUAUAGGAGGAAAUAUUUUAGCUCACGCAUCAACCACAAGAAUAUCACUAAGAAAAGGGCGAGGAGACAACAGAAUCGCAAAGAUAUAUGAUUCACCAGAUUUACCUGAGAGCGAAGCUACAUUUGCUAUUACGAACGGAGGUGUUGCCGAUGCAAAAGAUUAA